GUCGGUCCUAAAAAUAAAAACAGAACAAAACGGACACAGGUGAGGAGAAUCACUUUCAGCAGUUUAAACCAGGUGACGACGAAAUAGAAGUCCAAAUGUUUCGAUGGCCGAUGAGGCGAAGGAUCUCACUAAGAAUUCGGAAAACAAGCUCCGGGCGGCAACAGAGGUUUUCCAGCGUAAAUAUCGUUCUAUGUCCACUUAUGGUGAGCAAGUCAUCGAUGAUGCCAACCGCUCAAAGAAAGCGCUGUUCUGCCUUCCGGAAGAUAACCCUAUAAGAUUCUACUGCAAAAAGAUUGUGGAAUCCAAGAAGUUUGAAUAUUUUAUAUUACUGACAAUCGCCGUAAAUUGUGUUGUUCUGAUGUUAGAUGAACCGCUACCCAAUGGAGAUACAACUAAGAGAAAUGAACAACUGGAAAAAUCAGAGAAGUACUUCGUCAUAAUCUACUGUAUAGAAGCUGCCACGAAGAUCAUCGCCAGUGGUUUUCUCCUUCAUAAGGAUGCAUACUUGCGAAACGGUUGGAAUAUUUUGGAUUUUGUGGUGGUCGUUGUCGGGCUGGUGGGAAUGAUAUCUGAUCCUGAGAUUUCUGGUGGGAGUGAUAGCAACAGUUUAAAAGAGUCGGAGUCGCUUAAAGUUCUCCGAGCAGUUCGAGUUUUGCGGCCACUUAAAAUUGUCUCUGGUAUACCAAGUCUUCAAGUAGUCAUGAAGUCAAUAGCAAGAGCCAUGAUUCCUCUGCUGCAGAUUUUAUUUUUGAUUUUAUUUGUUAUUGUAAUCUACGCCAUAGUAGGAUUAGAACUCCUUCGAGGGAAGUUUCAGUGGACUUGUUACAAUAUCACAACAGGUGAGAUUAAUUAUAUUUGUAUACCUCAAUUGAUGCUAGAAAUACAAGUCAGAGGUUUGCUUCAAAGUUCAGAACAUCUAAUAUGUUUUAGUAAAGGAGGAAAAGGGCGAGGCCGAGAAUAGAAAACAUUGGAAAAAUAGAUAUUUCGCGCGAUAUUUGAUGUUAAAGUACAAUAUUUCAACUCCAUUCCAGUCAUAAUCAUGAAGGGUUACAAGGAUAUUGAACUAGUAGCAUCUAUACUACCACUCUCAAAAUCAUUAACAGACGCCCUUUCCCAUUCAAUGUUGUUCUAGAGGGAGGGGACAAAUAGAUCUACUUAACGAAAACAAAAGAGAUAACUUGAAGUAAUAUGGGGUCGAAAAGAUCGA